AUGAACUCCGGCCCUAUUCAACUCAACUUCCCUAAACGUACUCGAUUUGCAGGAGAAUUGCUCCUGGGGUCCGUGGACAUCAACGUCAAGGAGGCGCAGCAGGAUGAAAUCGACCAUGUCAGGGUCAGAAUCAGAGGUUCGUUACAGACUAAGAUCAAGCGUUCGAACGGCAAAACGACCACCACAUAUCGCUCAAAUGUCCCCUUGAUACGCAUCGAUAUUCCACUCUGGCAGCGCGGUAAAGCGUUCCCUCCACCCGGCACCCAUAUCCUCACGGUGCCAUUCAAAUACCGGCUCCCGGCCGAUCUUCCUCCGUCGUUCCACGCCAAAUCGUCGAGAAAGCAAGGGGUGGUCACCUACUUUCUCGAGGUCGUAGCGACGCGUCCGGGCAUGUUCCAGUCCAAUCGUCGGGUGCGGGCGAUGAUCGCGGUGGUACCUGCGGGCAUACCGGAACAUGUGACGCUCCGUAACGACCUGGCUGGCGGCUGGAGCCCCCAUAUGCCGUGGAAGACGUACGUGUCCGACGCUGCCAUUCGAACGGGGAUCUGGGCAGACUACUCGCACGUGAAGGUCGUCGUGCGUGUUUUCUCACUGACCUCGCCCGUCCAUCGCCGGACAUUCUGA